UCGCCGCCGUGCUUGGCCCCUGCAGAGGAAGCGAGCAGCAUCCUACACAUAAACACCCCACAGAGCUGCAACACAGCUGCCACAAUACCAAAAGAAUCGUAAAAGAGCCGAGGGUCGACAUGUCGGAGACAUACGACUUCCUGUUCAAGUUCCUGGUGAUUGGCAGUGCCGGGACGGGGAAAUCCUGCCUCCUCCACCAGUUCAUUGAGAACAAAUUUAAACAAGACUCUAACCACACCAUCGGCGUGGAGUUUGGUUCCAGGGUGGUCAAUGUUGCUGGGAAGACUGUUAAACUGCAGAUUUGGGACACUGCUGGCCAGGAGCGAUUUCGUUCUGUGACACGGAGCUAUUACAGAGGAGCAGCUGGAGCCCUCCUCGUCUAUGAUAUCACAAGCCGAGAGACAUACAAUGCUCUGACCAAUUGGCUGACAGAUGCACGGACACUUGCGAGCCCCAACAUUAUUAUUAUACUGUGUGGCAACAAGAAAGAUCUGGAUGCAGAUAGAGAAGUGACGUUCCUAGAAGCUUCACGCUUUGCACAGGAGAAUGAGCUGAUGUUUCUAGAGACGAGUGCUCUGACAGGUGAAAAUGUUGAGGAGGGUUUCCUGAAAUGUGCUCGCACAAUUCUCAACAAGAUAGAUUCAGGAGAGCUGGACCCGGAGAGGAUGGGCUCGGGUAUCCAGUACGGGGACGCAUCAUUGAGGCAGCUGCGGCAGCCGAGAGGCACGACAACACAGAAUAAGCAGCCGUGUAAUUGCUAGGGAUCGGCUUCAUCUUCCCCGGAUCCCCCAGGUGCACACGCACAGGGUGCCCCCUACAGAACUCUCAGCUCCAGAUGUUUUUUGGUGUGUGUGACCAUCCUCCCUGCCCGUCUCACACACCACAGAGCACCUUGACGAGUGGUGGUGGAGACUACUGCCGCCCCUGACCUCUGGUAAGCGUCUCUACCCUGAGGGGGUCAGCUCGGACCUGCAUCUGGACAGGGUAACCCCUCAGUGUGAACACGGUGGGAUCAUAAACAGAGACGUCCUUAUCACUUACUUACCAGACAUGGACAAGUCGAGGGUUGUUUGUACGGGCUUCCCUACUGUUGUUUAUAUCUGUGCUUUUUUCCAUUUGAUUUUUGUCAUCCCAAGAUGCUUUCUGUAUUUGCACAUCAAUGUUUGUAAAUUAUUAUUGUUAAACUAUUUCAAGCGCUCUCGUCAAUUAGCUUCUCCAGAUAUGGCUCAUGAUUAGUUCGGAUUAAAGAGCCUAAGAGUAAAUAACUGGGUGUCUGAAGUACCAACAAACUUAACAAAUGCCAUUAUAGCAGGAAUUUCAGCCUCCCCAUCUUUCCACCCUCCCGUUUCAUAUCCGUCUACAUCAGAUGUACCUCAGAAGUAGGUGUAGGAAUAAGUAUACCCCCAAUAUAAGACGGUGGUGGAGUGUACUAUGGUGGUUGCUCUGAAACAGUACCCUUGGAAGAAAAUGAAAAAAGGAAAAAAAAGCGAUAAAGACACGAUUAAAACGGAAGCUUUUGUACUGUAUCUCUAUGGUAAUUUGACCAAAGCAUGUCAAAGACAUUUUAUGAAUACCUUAGGAAAUUGUAUCAACUCUUUAAAAGGGACAGAUGGAUAUGUCUUUUGUUUAAAAAAUGAACCUGCCCUUGAUUGUACCUAAUUGUUACAGUCUGUGUAUUCUUAAAGAAGUCAACUUGCACAAAUGUUGGAUUUGAACUAUUGUAUAGAAAUGUUAAAUCUGCACAAGGUUUGGCAGUUAAGUAUUUCUUUUUCUCAAUUAAGCUGCUAAUUGGUGAAUUUUGGUGAACUUGAGCCAAACUGGCCCAAUAUGUCAUGAUUAAGUCCUUUUUAAUUGAAGUUUUUUGGUUUGGAUUAGAUGCACUGCUAUCAUGUGGAGUUCUGGCCUCAGCGCCAUACUUGAUAUUGUAAAUCUAUUGUAUAUUAUCCCCAAAAUAUAAAAGGGAAUGGUUCCAUCACCCCACUGUACACCUGUGGGUCACGUCAAAAGCACAAAGAAGAAAAAAAUGUCUGUUAUCCAAAGAUCCUGAAGAUUUUAGAUUCGUACAAAUUGUUAAAACUCUGCAUGUCUGGUCUUAAUAGAGCGAAAGAGCCAUCGGUCUGUUCAAAAUGACGUCUUUGAUUCUUCCUUCUAGCUUUACUCCAUGACCUCGGCUUUGAGUCAUGGUGCUCUCCGUGAACACGCUACACUUGGGACAUGACAGCAGACCGUUGUUGGCGUUGCCUCACUGCUGCACUUUGGAAGCUUUUAUGAAACGUACUUGUUUCCCUGGCGAUGCUUUAUCAUGGCAGGUAGUAAGUGCGUCAGGAUGAAAGUCAAGAUUCUGUUUAUAACUUUGCAGGCACUCGCUUCUCUUUGUUGUGCACAAAAAUGGCUCUGCUGCGCUCUGCUGUCACUGACUUUGGUGAGCCGACCCAGAUAUGUUCUCUUUCCGAAAAGACCUUGAAGAACUAGAGAGGGAGGGAAUUUCCACUGAAACGCGGUUUCUACUUUUCCUUACGACACUGCUUGUGGUGCUGCUGGAGGAAUAUGAGGUUGCUGGUUAGUACCACCCCAAACCCCCUCCCUUCCCAUGAGUCACAGGCAGAAAGCAUGUCAUGUUGGCCCAGCCGAGAGCAGAUCAAAACAAACAGCUUGCAAACUCCUUUGCCAUGUCUCUGUCCUUGGGUGCAAGCAUGUGUUCCCCCAGCCAAACCAUAUGUUUAAACCUAAGUGAGUCAGCACACUGAAUGGAGAAAGAUGGUGACUUUUCCCAAACACGAGACCUUAUUGGAAAUCAAGACAAAUGCUCGGGAGGUGGAUCUUGCUUUUAAAAUCUUUACAUUGUGUGAUAUUUUCUCUUCUGGAAGUGCACUUUUACAUUUUUAUUUUUGUUUUGUUAAUAUACUGUAACUAGAAAUGUACAUUUUAUUUUAUUGAAGAGUAUACGGUAAUAAAAGAUUUUAAUUGUAGAAGCUAUCAUGUCUCACUAAAAAGAACUGAAUAGUUGGUUUUGACUCGCUUGUUUCAGCUGAAUCUUGGCACAGAUGUUGACUGUGAGCUGUAAUUGGAUAUCAGCAGCAACUCUCGACCACUCAUGUUCACAGGUAACCACGUAUAUGAACACUGAGUCAGAAUCAUUGGGCUGUAUGUAGUGUACAGUUGUUCAAAUUAGACAUAUGAGCAUUAUUUUUUUCCAUUUGUUCCAAUCUGGGUUCAAUCAUUUAAUAAACACAAUCUGGCUCAGUUGUUGCUUAGUAAAUAUGUGAUAUACUUAAGAUGGAUACUUCUGUACAUCUCAAGUAACCUAUCCUGUAAAUAAGAUUUGUUUGUCUUUUGAGUGUUGCUCAUUGAUUGUAAUGAUUAUGCAAUUCUCAGUAAACUGCUUGUUUUGCAGUUGAUUCAUUUUUUUCUGACAUUUGUUUUGGCUUGUUUCAGUCAUGCAAGUAUAAAAUAACCUCACCCUCUUCCUUUGUGCAUAAAUGUAAGUAGCAUUUACAAAUCAGCUUUAUAGACAGCUGACCUGACAGAUUGAAAUAUAACAGUAUGUGUACUUA